CAGAGGUAAACUUUCAAAGGAGGAGUUUAUCGUGCAGUUGUGUUCUCUGAAGGGAUAAGAGCAGUCUUAACUGAAAGUAGCUUCUGGGGAGAUUUUGCUGAGGUGGACUUUGCCUCUACUUCAGCUUGACCAAUCAGCAAUUUGCUAUACAUUUAUUGCGGAUAGAAACGGAUCUCACAUCCAGCAGGAGCAUCAUGGCAGCCAAGGCGCCAAUGGGAGCCUUGUCAGAAUGCCUAGAGAGUUGCUCCACGAGCCAGAGCAGUGCCUGCAAGCUGGAGCCCAGCAACAGCUUAUUCGGGCAGAGAGUUUCCAUUCAUAGAAUAUGCUCUCGAAGGCGACGACCCUUCAGACCGCAGACAGAGCUGCUGGUUGCAAGGAAGGUUACAACAGCUUUGCAGGAGGUGGAUACCAUCCAUAGACCAAGAUACAAUGCACGUCCAUUGAUAUCGCCGGCCGGCAGGACAGAGAAUGAUAAUGAGGUCCUCAUAGAGCUCAAAGACGUCCACAAGUCCUUUGGGAACAAAAAGAUCCUGCAGGGUGUGAACAUCAAGAUCAGGCGAGGCGAAACAGUGGGCAUCAUAGGCGGCUCUGGAACAGGGAAGUCAACAACAUUGCGGUUGAUGGCGGGUCUUCUGGCUCCCGAUGCGGGGGAGGUGCAAAUACUGGGUCAGGCCAGGAAGGGCCUGCUGGCAGAUGACCCAGAGCUGGCAGAGAGGCUCAAAGUGGGCAUGGUGUUCCAGAACGGGGCUCUGUUUGACUCCUUGACAGUGGGCGAGAAUGUGGGCUUCCUGCUUUACGAGCACACGUCCCUGCCACAUGACCGCAUCGAGGCGAUUGUGGCAGAGAGUCUGUCGGCCGUGGGCCUGAGCGGAGUGGAGCGGCUGCUGCCAUCCGAGCUCAGCGGCGGCAUGCGCAAGCGCGUGGCACUCGCUCGCGCAAUCGUGCGCGACGACGUUGUGAUGUAUGAUGAGCCGACAGCUGGGCUGGACCCGGUGGCGUCCACGGUGGUGGAGGAUCUCAUACGCUCCAUGCAUGCCAGCCCCACCAGCAACGGGGCCGGCCCCCGCAGCGGCAUCACCUCUUACAUUGUGGUGACUCACCAGCACUCCACCAUCCGCCGCGCCGUCGACCGCAUCAUCUUUCUGCACGAGGGCAAGGUGGUGUGGGAGGGGCCUGUGGAGGAAUUUGAUUCCACCGAUGAGCCCAUCGUGCGGCAGUUUGCCUCUGGCAGCCUGACAGGACCCAUCAAGUAUGAGUAGGCUCCCCAGGGGAGGGGAGUUGAUCUGCAUCGAGAAGGAUUACCAUCGUCAGCCUGGAGCAAAAUUUUGGCAGUAGUGUUUCAUCUUCGGUGUCCGGUUGGUUGCCGGUUAUAUCUAUCCAAAAUUGCGGACCUUGGCGUUGACAGGACCAGCUGUUUUGCGUUUAGCUGGAAUCUCGGUGCUGUAGAGUAGUGCCAGAUCUUAUUGAUGUGUGCUGCAUAGUGGUGCCUGCUCUGUUGAUGCAGCUCAAUUUUUUCUUGAGAUAUCUGUGAUGCAAUUUUCGACAGCAGCUGGCCUGCAUGCAAACGUCAUGCACAGCUUGAUUGGAAAUAUUCAAUUUUUUUCACAAUGAUGUCAAUGUUGACAGGAUUCCAUCAAGGUCUCGGGAUGCGGCUUUUGCUGAAAUCGGUGCUCCGGUGCACCGGUGCCGCACUCGGUGUUACAUGUGUAACUUACAUGAUGUUGUUUACAUGAUGUGUAAGUUAUUGAACAU